CUAUUCUUCCAUGACGAAGGGCUAAUGAUGAGAUGACAAGCAGUGUUCCUGGCUGGUGUGAGUGGUGGUCCUUUGGUGUAAAUAGUUUCCCUUGGCUUGCCAUUACAGCAGUGUGUCUAACUAGUGCUGUCAUUUUCACUAUGCCAGUAUCACCUGCAGAUGUCUUUGCAAGGGUAGCAUUUUACCCAACACUUUUUUAUACUUACAUCAUGUCUCAAGUAUCUUCAAGGCAAUGGUACAAUCGAAUUGAUCAGUGGGUUAUUAUUGGUGCCCUGCCUGUUAAGAGUAUUGCAAAGCAGCUUGUGGCACAAGAGGGUAUCAAAGGUGUUGUUUCCCUUACUCAGGAGCAUGAAAUGAGAGACUGGAUUCCAUCAGAAGAAGAGUGGAAAGAGAUGGGCGUGGAACAACUGAAGAUUCCAACAAUCGACUUCACUGGAACACCCACACAAGAAAACAUUCACAAAGCUGUUAAAUUUAUUAUUGGGCACCGAAACUUAAAUAACUCUGUUUAUGUUCACUGUAAGGCUGGGAGAACUCGCAGUGCAGUAGUUGUGGCAUGCUACUUAAUACACGUAAACAGAUGGACACCUGAAGAGGCUGUAGAAUAUAUCAAAACAAAGCGACCUCACAUCUGGCUUAGGGACUUACAGUUUAAGUCUCUGGCCAUCUUUAACGACAACUUGAAAUCGACCAACAGAUGAACUUGGUCUAAAGAAAGGUUCUAGAAGUCGUCAGUCUGCUAGUUUAUUAAAUCUGGGUUGACUGCUGCAGACUAUUUUGAGAACAGUGGAUAAAUGUGUGUUAAGUAUUGGCUACUCUAUUUUUUUUUCUUAAGUUUUUUUUAUUAUCUGUCACAGAUACAAAACACAUAAAAAGCAAUAUUUUACAAUAUAACAACAUGAAAACAAACAUGCACAUAGAUUAACAGUCAUUUUAAGAAUGCAUCCAUCUGCUAAAGAAGCCAGCAGUGUAAAAUUUUACACAACAGACAAAGUAUGUGUUCUUUUCAUAUCUCGCACAAAUCAAGCAAUCAUCAUAGAAGGCACCUUGGAUCCCAUUUGUCAUAGGUUAACAGGACAUUUUUGUAGUCAGUGGCUAGCAAACAUUUCUUCAUUUAUUUCUAAACAGGCAUUGAAAUUUUUUUAUUGUAUAUCUGUGUUUCAAUAUUUGGAUAAAGGGAUCUAACUGAGGGAUGGCUUUUUAAAUCUACAAGAAUAUAUGUAUUUUUUUGCAAGGAAUAAAAUUAAAUCAAGUACAUCUGUCUCAAAGUUAUUACUGCAUCCAAACAGAACCAAAUGUUCACUGACAGUUAUCUUUGGAACAUUUAUACAUUUGUCUAAUAUACAAUUUUGUAAGUUUCUCCAAAAAUCAUUCACAUAUUUACAAUUUCAAAAUAUAUGCUGAAUAUUUUCCUUUUCAUUUCUGAAGCUGCAGACAUUAUCUUCUAGUCUCAUGUGGAAUAAUAUGACUUUUGUCCCCAGAGAUCUAUGUAGCACUGACUUGAAGCCAUUUCAAUUUAAUAUCUUUUAUAUUAGCCAUUGUUUUAAACAUAACAUGCCAAUCAACAAACAUUUCUGUUAUCCUUUCAUCCCAUUUUAAACAAUUUGGCAUAUGUGUGUUAGAUAUAAUUUUAUCAUAAUAUAGUCUUGCUUCUUUCUGGAUUGAUCAAAUUAUUCUUAGAGCUUUGUUUGUGCAUGGGCGUGUAUUGAUGGACUGAUGUCUGCAUGCCGAGACACACUCUUGGCCUCCUGCAAAGUGAUCUGCUGUUAGUCUCAGUGAGCCGUAACAAAGAAUGUGAAUAAACCAGAAGCUAUGUCGUCUAAUGCCUCGUUUUAGCAGUUAACUGGAAAAAAAAUCGUUGACUUCUUGAAGCACCAGUCUGUCGCAGUUUCACAGCAGAACAGUUUCCUCUGACCAACGGGAUCGGUGUGAUGACAUGCAAUGCACACAUGUUGAAAAACUUCAUAUCACACUGAUGAUAUUAUUCUGGUAAUAUCGACCCAAAAGAUUCUAAAUCUUCAGCACAUCACCAAAAAGGAUGACAUAUGUACCCAGUGGCACCAGGCGGUGGGUGUGAGAGGAUGUAUGAAAGUAUGAAUGCCUCAGAUGCCAUCAUUCAAGAGGAUGUUCUCGACCGUAACAUGGCAACUAAUAAGUUAGUGAGAACUAAAGUUGUAAGAAACAUUAAAGAGGGGUAGCACGUUGCUAAAAGUAUAUAAGUUGGGAUAAAAAAAAACUGCCGCAAGGUAGUAAAGUGAACCUUGGCAAGACUUUCUGCAUGGCCAAGUCCUCUAUAAAUAUCCAGAGGACUGUGUGCUGUCCAAUGACACAUUUUAUAUUGAAAGUUGUAAUAAUGUGUGUCUGAUCUAUCUGCCUCUAGCCACUGAUUUUGUUUGCAUACCUGUACUUCACCUGCCAAUAAAAAACGUUGAAUUCCUUGUAAUGUUAUGUAAAUCAUGAGAUAAAGGGGGAAGGUUUUUUAAACUGUAAAAAUAAAUUAAAGACUGUCAUUUCCCAGAUUCAGGGUGUAAGAAAAAAAGUAUACAUAACAACUGGAAAAUAAAAUAAUACUAUAGUCUACACACUAGCUUAUAUGCAUGUCGCACUCAAAACUUAGGUGGAAUGCACACAUAGACCGAAGAUGUAAUAACAAACUACAAACCAAAUAUUAAUAUCCCCGCUUAAGAGGAAGGAAAGAUAAGAGAUAUGGAGAAAUGUGCAAAAGCUAAUAAAAAUAAAGUCUGAAAAUUCA